AUGCCCAAAGUCCUCGUCCUCCCCUCUGACCAUGUCUUCCCUUACCAACCACAAUCACAAUCACAGUCUCAACCGUGCGCAGGUUCUUCGGAUGUGGAAAAACAGCCUCCAGUAAGGGAGGAGGGAGAAGAAGAUGCAGCGAAAAGUUCAGUUUUCAAAAGUCUAGGAUGGUUGGAUAGGUUUCUGGCGCUAUGGAUCUUCUUGGCGAUGGCGGUUGGGAUUCUUUUGGGGAACUUUGUGCCUAAUACUGGACCGGCUCUGCAGAGGGGGGAGUUUGUGGGGGUUUCGGUGCCGAUUGCUGUUGGGCUUUUAGUUAUGAUGUAUCCUAUACUUUGCAAAGUCAAGUUCGAGACUUUACAUCGGGUGUUUCGGAAGAGGGAGAUUUGGGUGCAGAUUGGGUUUAGUGUUGUUGUCAACUGGAUUGUUGCUCCGUUGGUUAUGCUCGGACUAGCCUGGGCUUUUCUUCCUGACAAAGGAGGGCUACGCGAAGGUCUGAUUUUGGUGGGUUUGGCGAGGUGUAUUGCAAUGGUACUAAUCUGGACCGGCCUAGCAGGAGGCGACAAUGAAUACUGCGCCAUCCUCGUAGCCAUCAACUCACUCCUCCAAAUCGUCCUUUACGCACCGCUUGCUCUCCUCUUCAUAAAAGUAAUUUCCAGCGAAGAAGGAACCCUCGAUAUCGAAUACUCCACCGUCGCCAAAUCCGUCGCCGUGUUCCUCGGCAUCCCCCUCGCCGCCGCAAUACUGACUCGGUUCUCGCUCCGCAAGCUCACCAGCGCGCGCUGGUACGACCAAGUAUUCUUGAAAUGCGCCGCGCCAUGGUCGCUCAUCGGCCUCCUAUUCACCAUCCUCGUCUUAUUCGCGUCCCAGGGUAAGCACGUAGUGCACCAGAUUGUGUCCGUAGUGAGGGUAGCCGCGCCGCUGGUGGUGUAUUUUGCCAUCAUCUUUUUCCUGACGCUGCUGGUUACUUACCGGCUAGGCUUUGGGUAUAAGCUGGCUGCUACGCAGAGCUUUACGGCUGCGAGUAAUAACUUCGAGUUGGCUAUUGCGGUUGCGGUUGCUACGUAUGGCCCGGAUAGUGAUCAGGCGCUUGCGGCUACUGUUGGGCCGCUGAUUGAGGUGCCGGUCUUGCUGGGGCUGGUUUAUGUGGUGAAGGAAAUCGGGAGGAGGAGGGGGUGGAAGGAUUAG